AUGGGAUUAGACUGUGUGCCGGCAAGGCAGGGGGCAACAACGGCGCUUUUAAGGAUUAUCUUUGGGAGGCUGCUCCUUACUUGGUUCUGGGCCGCAGGAGCGGCGUGCGCUUUACACAGCGCCUUGGAAGGCCACCUUCCUACUCCGGCCCGACCUUCAGUGACCCUCGGCCCUCCACCCCGCUGCCCUCCCAGGUUCCGAACAAAGCCUUGCCAGCUCCUGGCGACUACGAACCUGUACCGGGCGGUUCAUCAGGCGCCGCCUCUGACCUGGGACGUUAACUUGGCCGCUGCCUCUCAGGCCUACGCUGAGAGCUUAGUGACCCAGCAGUGCGAGCUGACACACGGUAGUGUGGGUGAGAAUCUCUAUUCGGUGUGGAGGUCCAGCACUGCAAUCGGCUGCGGAGUCGCCUUGAUGACUCAGGCAAUUACCUUCUCCUCUGGCAACACGUACCCGGGAGCCUGCAAGGUGGUGGUCUGCAGGUACUCGCCGCCCGGGAACUAUCCGGACGACGGACUUGUCGCGGCGAACGUACUUGCAAACAUCACAACCAUUCCUCCAUUUGCCACGUGA